CCGCAUCCGCUGGGAGUGCGAGGUGGGCUCGGCCCCCAGCGGCCGCGGGUGGAGUCGGCUCGGGCGGUGCGGGCCGCACUCACGGAGACCCUCGGCAGACCGGUGGAGGUGGACGGAGAGAGGAGGCCGUCAGAAGUGGCCUUGGCAGCUCAGCCCCGGCGGCGUUCCCUACUCCCCCGAGAACAGCCGGUCCCGCGUGGCACCCCCGGCAUGAGGAACACAAGCAAGGAGCUGCACGGCGCGGCGAGCCGCUAUGCUCCCUGCGACUGGUAUUACGACCUUCCCAUGAAGCGGUCCAACAACCCCGUGGACGUCCCACCGGCCUCCCAGAUCCCGGGCCUCAGUGAUCUGAGGGAGCCUCCCAACAGGCAUAUGCCUGGGCUGCAGAGGUAUUGGAUAAAAGACACAGACUCAGAGUACGUGAAGCUUGCGAAGCAAGGCGGCCAGCCCGAUCUGCUGAAGCACGUCGUCCCUGGGACCAGGAAAGCCUCCCCCGUGGCCUACUGCUUGCCGGAUUGGUACAUCCACCACGGCAAGCCGCCCACGGCCAAGCAGAGACCGUGGGCCGGUGGCCGCAUAGACCUCCUAGAACCAGCGGCUGGCAAAGCGUUCUUCGCCCCAAAGGACGCAGGUGCCCUGCGAAGCCAGAAGUGCAGGGAACCCCAAGUCCCUGUGGUGAUUACAGAGCUGUGGGGAGCCACCGUCCCCCAGAAUGUGAGGCUCCCAGCCAUUAACUCCACGUACCCGAGCAAAGUGGGGACCCCGCUCGGCCCCAGAGACCCUGCAGGAGGCAGACUCUCCUUCCCUCCCAUGCCUGGUCAAAAAGCCAGUUCACCCACAAACUUUUCCAAACUUAUCAGCAAUGGGUACAGAGAUGAGUGGCUACAGCAGCGAGCUGACUCAGAGGAGAGGACCCUGCAGACCUCCGGGGCAGGCCCCCCAUCUCCAUCCAUGCAAGAGCCCGAAGGGAGCCAGGACACGGGGUCGGACCCAGACCUGGAGGCGCCUGGGGGCACCAAGGACGUUCAAGAUGCUCCUCCUCCAAGAGGAACCCCAUCUUCAUCGGCAUCUACGCCAGGAGAGCUCAACUAAACCCCCGCCUACUGCGCACCUAGGAUCACUUUCUGAUGGCUGAAUAGGAUCUGACUACACACCUAUAUUUUUAGGGCUUCUGCUUUAUUUUAUGAACAUAGAUUCUUAUGAGAUAGUGUAUCUUAGAGCCGAUUUGACAUCACAGUUGCAUAAAUGGUACACAUGUUGGGCGUUGCUUCCUGCAUCUCCCUGGCCUGGGAUGUCCCAGUGUCUUGGAACCACUUCCUCCCCAGCCCACCAUCAUCUGACCUCACCUGCUCCUCUGUGAGUCUCCGUCGGUGACAUUUCGAUUGAAAUCAACUAUUUAGACGCUACCUAGCAGAAACUCAAAGUCUUCCUUUAUUUGGUCCUGUAAUCUUUGUAGAAAUAAUUUUUCCUGUUUCAAAAAAAUUUAACUCCAGAUUAUUGUGACAUACUUUAUAUUAAGAAAAAGAUGGAUUUAUUAUGCCUUAAGGUUCUAAGCAUUUAAUCUAAAAGCAUGGUAGCAUUUGCCGGUUUAAAAUGUUUGCUAAUAUUUUUUGCAUAAACUGAAAUUUAUAAUAUUACACACUUACUAUUUAGUAUCGUUUAGGUAAAACUAUGUUUAAUUUUAACAUUUAAUUUAGUAGUCAACAAAAAUUCUUAAAUAAUCAGAUUGAAUUUUCUUAUUUUAUAAAUUUUGCUACUGUUUAUACAUAAGUAAUUAGCAUGACAAUGCAGCUUUAUAUUUUGUACAUUUAAUUCAUGAAUAAAAUAAUAUUUGCUGGAAGGUUUUCAGAAA